AUGACCACUCUUUUGUUCAGUAGAGUGACUGAUGAGCUAGCCAGUGUUAUUUUUAAAAAUGAAGGGUGGAUAUUAGACAGAUAUGAUGUCUUAUCAGGACAUAAUCCUCUUCUUUUCUUUGACAGAAGUGAGGCCCAGAAAUUUAGAAUUAUUCACAUUAAUGCAUAUCCUGAUAUUGCUUAUCCAGUGUUGUGUGAGGCAUAUUAUAGAGGAAUGUUUGGUUCUAAGUAUCUAUGGAUACUCCCAUCAUGGUAUAAUGCCGGCUGGUGGAGGUCUAAUAGUCCUUCAUCUUCUAAUAAUGAUUCAUGUACUGAUGAAAUUAUGAUGCAAGUUAUAGAUGGGAGUUUAGGCUUAGUUCCUGAUGGAUAUUUGACACUUCAGAACAAAUCAAUCAUUACAUUUUCUGGCCUGACUUCGGGUGUGUAUCUUUCAAACUACACUGAUCUACUGACAAAUGAGCCUGUGUAUGAAAACCUGACAGCACUAGGGCUGUCAGGAGUUGCAUUUGAUGGAGUGUGGGCUAUAGCUGUUGCACUAGAUAUAGCAUCAAAAAAGAUAUUAUCACGUAAUGAAAGUGGAUGUGAGAAUGUACCAGGAGAUCUAGUACCAUUAGAACGGUUUAACUAUACUAACAUGAAACUAGGCUGUAUUCUGAGACAAAGCUUUAGUGAAGUUAACUUCCUUGGAGUAACUGAUAAAAUAAAUACAAGUACAUACAUGAUCCUGUUUUGUAAGUAGAAGAAUAAAAUCAUGUAUUUACUUAAGCCACGCCUUAAUUGAAUUUGGUGUGACCAAGUCAGAGGAGGUAGGACACGGUUGACCUUUGAGCAAUAAUUGCAAAGUUCAAUUGCAUUCCAUUGGUAUCACGUGAUGAAAAAUGGCAGCUUUCUGAUGAUUGUAUCACAAAACUAGCUACUACUGCAGAAACUAGA